GCCCCACCGCCAAUUUUUCAGUGUAGGGACGUGCAGGGAUGCUGAUACAUGUGAUGUGCAGGCACUUUUAAUUGGGGUGGCUGGCUAAUUAAAGUGCCCAGUGCUGCAUCCCAAACCACAUGUAAAAAUGCCCAUGCAGCUCCCAGCAAAGUCAGCGCUGUUUUGGCUUAGGCCAAGUGCCUAGUGAGUGCUCUUAGUAGAAAUGAAAUGUGUGACCACAGAGAGGAUAGAGCUGGGGAAAGGAAAUUCUUGACUACAGCUGGGGGGAGGGCACAGCCUGUAGCUUUGUGUUGUAGCUGCACACUCGGGAGGUAGCUGAACACUCAGGAGGUCUCAUGUGUCCAAUGGCUUUGGGCCGUAUGAGGACACUGGAGCUCUCCCCAGGUGGGAACUUAAUUUGUUUUGCCAGUUUAUGCUGAGAGUCCCUCCAAAACUAUUGAAGUGAGCUAGGCUAAAUUCAAUAACUUCUUGCAUUUCCUUAAUUGCUUUAAUUUACCAUCGAGGAAAGUCUGAAGGGGAAUGACAGCAUUGAGAGUUUGAGCUGGAUUGGAUUUGGAAGAGCGGUUUUCUGGACCAGUGGCAAAGCCUUGGACGAGUGCCACUGAACCUUCGUGUUGCCCCAUCCCAUUGUGGCCUCAGAAGCCAUAAACUUACUGAGAUCUGUAAUGGUAUUGUUGGAACAAUGUAUUUUUCAUAGCUGCUCACCUGCCAAGCCAAUGAGUCUGCCUGUUCCUGGAGAGCGAGAAAAACUAUUACUAAUACCCUGCAAAUCCUGGCACGUUGCCUGAAAAUAACUUUGUUCCGCAACCACUUGGCUGCUCCCAGGUUUACUUUUCAUUUGCAAAUAUGGUCACUGCUUAGACUGAUGAUCAUUCACACAGGCUGUGUUGAUCAUGUGGCAUGUUUUCUGUUCUGUUGGAUAAUUCUUACAGUGCCCAGAAACUUCAUCCAAGCUGGGAUCUGACUGUGGUAGGAGCUGUACAAAGAUGUGGCUGUUUAUUCUCAUUUAAACUAAGGCUGAUGUAAGGGGGGCAGGUCUUAGUGUAAAAUGGGAGUCAGGCUUGUAGUAAAUGCCAGCUGUUGCCCCAAGGAGCUUACAGCCUCAGAGAUCACCCCUGCAGCUAAACCUCACAGCGCAAAUGCAAGACCUUUGGGACAUUUAGACCCAUUGCUUUGUAUGGGGCAGAGAGCCCAGUAGUCCCAGUGGAGAAGCCACCCUUUGUAUUUUGCAGUUGACUAUAUAAACCUGAAUCCACUUGCAGCCUAUUGUAGGAGAAUUUGUGCUUCAUGUUUGCCUUCUGAGAGUAUUUGUGCUAGGAUAGCUGCACUUCUGCUUAUGAUUUUGGUGAAAACAUGCCAGUUUGUACAUGACACAGGACUACGGAGUGCCGGCUCUGAACAGACAUUCUGGCAACUCCCUUCUCAGAGGGUGGAUCUAUAUGUGCGCUUUAAUAUGCAGUAGCCUAUUCUAUUGCACAUUAAAAUGGUGUGUAAAAAGCCAUGCUAAUAUGCUAAUGUACAAUAAAAUAGGCUACUGUGCAUAAAAUGUCUCUAAAAAAGCAUGCACUUGGACUACUGUGCAUUAGAGCAGCCUAGUGUCCAUUAAUUUAGUACCCCAUGUUGGAGGUACUACAUUUAAUGCAAAUUAGUAAAAGCGCAUUAAUGCAUAUGUAGACAUGCCCAGCAAGGAUAACCCAGGUCCAAUCCAAACUCACCAUAGGUUUUGGGGGUGAGAUUUUUCAAAGCUGACAGAACUGGCUUCAUUCUGCAGCCACUGAAGUUGACAGAGGCUCACCUCUGACUCUGGCAGGUGCUGGGUUGUGCCUUGCCAAAUGGUUUGAAAAACAUCUUGUGACUUAGUAUUUGCAACUCUCUUUAGGCUGAGCUGUGGCCACAGGCUUAGUUUCAUAGUUUCUAAGGUCGGAAGGGACCUGAACCGAUCAUCAAGUCCAACGCUUUGCCUUGGGCAGGAAAGAGUGUUGGGAUCAUAUCACCCCAGCCAAUAUCCAUCCAACCUCCUCUUGAAGACCCCCAAGGUAGGGGAGAGCACCACCUCCCUUGGGAGCCCAUUCCAGAGUCUGGCAGCCCUAACCAUAAAGUAAUGCCUCCUGAUAUCAAGCCUGGACCUACUCUCAAUCAAUUUGUGGUUGUUAUUCCUUAUUAUCCCAGGUGGUGCCCGGGGGAACAGAGCCUCACCUAUUUUUCUCUGGUCCCUGGUGAGUUGUAGAUGGCCACCAGAUCCCCUCUCAGUCUUCUCUUGUGUAGGCUGAAUAGAUUCAGACCCUUUGGUCUUUCUUCAUAGGGCCUGGUCUGCUGCCCCCUGACCAUGCGAGCAGUCCUCCUCUGGACCCUUUCAGUGCUAGCCACAUCCCUCUUGAAGUGCAGCACCCAGAACUGGACACAGUACUCCAACUGCAGCCUGACCAAUGCUGCAUAGAGGGGAAGGAUCACCUCCCUGAACCUGCUUGUGAUGCAUCUGUAGAUGUACGACAAGGUGCGGUUAGCCUUACUUACUGACCGCUUCCUUGCAUUGGCAGCUCAUGUCCAUCCAGGAGUCAACAAUGACUCCAAGCCACCGUGUUGUUGAGCAGGGUGUUCCCCAGCCUAUAGGUGUGUUGCAGGUUCCUUCUCCCUAGAUGCAGCACCUUGCACCUGUCUGCAUUGAAUCCCAUCCUAUUCUCAUCUGCCCACCUCUGUAACCUGUCUAGAUCUAGCUGGAUUCUGUCCCUUUCCUCCAGUGUGCCCACUGCUCCCCACAUCUUUGUGUCAUCAGCAGAUUUGGACAGCAUGCUUUCCACACCCACCUCCAAGUCACUGAUAAAGAUGUUGAAUAGCACAGGCCCAAGGACCGAGCCCUGGGGGACCCCACUGCCCACAUCCCUCCCGGUCAAAAACGACCCAUCCACCACUCUCUGGGUUUGCCACCCAUCUGACUGUAGGCAUCAAUGCCUUAGGGACAGGCAGGGAUAUGUGCAGAAAUGGUGAGCUUUAAACCUGCCUGAAAGUAUUUGCAGACUCACCCUGGAAAUCUACACAGUUGUAUUGGGACUUUGCUGGUAGGAAAUAUGUUUGUCUCAUCUGGGAUUGGGAAUACACCUUGUGACCAACGUGCUCACUGAAAACUCACUGAGCCACUAGGCAUUAUGAUUUUUGUCUGAAAAGUGCUCACAACGAACAGCCAAAGCACUACUGUAGAAGUUAACUCGGGAUUCAGUCCAAAGAUUUAAACUGGAGAAGUGGAUUAAAAGGCUGGGGAGUACAGCUUGUCCAUCCAUCACUAUAAACCGGCAUGUGUUUGGCUCUGAUAAAAGAUUGACCAUUGGUGUUAGAAAUGAGCAGAGUUAUGGGGAGCCUAAAGGGUUAUGGGGAGCUCUGAACAAGCUAGGGUAAAGCUGAGCGGUGUGCGCAGCUGAGACAGUUGGGUGUGAGAUAUGGAGGAUGAGGAAGAAGAAAAAGGCAGACUGCUGGGGAAGAAAGGCUUAAUUGGAAGUGUUUGUGCUAUCUGUGCUCUUAGCGGUGACUCCCUAGUGAAGCACACAAUCUACCCUUUGCCAACUGGGGAACGCAGGUGCCCAUGUUACCUUGCUUGGAUAUGCUGUAGAGUGGAGGUUACUUGACAGGGAAAGAGCCCAAAGAAUUGCCCUUUGUCUCAGCUCUGAACUUCCUGGGUGAGGGGUGCCAAGAAUGAGAUUCGGGUCUGGGCAGGGGUGUGUAGGAAGGGUUUGAGGCCUGGGGGCACUCGCUCACUCUUAGUAGCUUUGCACAUAGAGUUCAUCCCUCUCCCUGAACUCAGGGCUCAAGGGACUUCAGGGGCACGUUAGUGGCACCGCAAGUAACUGAAUCAGGAUCCCCCUGCCUCCUCCUUCCCCAGCCCUUCACUGUCUUCAAUCCUGCAUGCUAGAUGUGGUGCAUCCUCCCCAAGAGGCUUGUUGUGCAAGGUCAGGGAAGGUCUAAAGGAUAUCCUUUGGGGCGCAGAGCAGACGCACCCACAACCGCAGAGGGGACACAGUUGACAGAAGCAGAACUUCUCAUUCCACACCCUCGCCGCUCACCAGCAGCAGAAUUAUUCAGCAAAUGGAUGCUGUAUGUGAAAAGCGUAAACUUCUCAGGAACAGUUUACCAACAGGAAAAAAAAUUAAAUGCUGCAUAAAUGAUUCCCUACCUACAGUUUUUCUCGGCUCUUAGUAAUGAUCCAAACUGUGCAGCUUUGCAGGGAAUUUCCACUAUGGACCGGAGAGCCCAUGUGUCCAUCCACAUGUUCCUUGUACUUUUCCCUGAUGCUGCUCAAUGUCUGAAGCAGGAUACCUGAGCAGCCUAUUGCCUGGCUUUCUUCCAGCUGGUUUCUCUGGCUAAGGAGAGAGAGCAAAGCGACAGCUCUGGACUUCCUCUGUACUGUUUGGAAACAUUUGCUCAAUAUUUUUUCUCUGGAAACAUCUGAUCAAUUUCCUGGGUCCUGUCCUAGGAAGCAGCAUCUGCAGAGUAGAGCUGACUCCUGUUUCCUCCUAGCACAAAGGUCCCCUCCAUCACCAACCUCCUCCUUAUGGUGACUGCAAACCUUUGGGGGUCAGAGAGGAGGAAAGAGCGGAUUUGGUUUCUGGUCCAAAGGCUUGGAGCAGGAAGCAGCAAGGCAAAAAAAAAACAAAACACAGGUGGCAAAGCACUUUAAGGGGAAGUCUGUGGCGUAACUUCCUCUUUUCAGAGGGGAUAAAAAGAAGCACAGACGGAGAAAGACAAGGUGGCAGAGAUCCUUUGGGCGAGCAGUGAGAGACCCAGCCUAUCAUCUGCUCAACAGCCAGACUCUCGAGUUCAGGACAGGUGCCCAGCCACGGCCAUGGGGGAUACGUACAUCCGACACAUUGAGCUGUUGGGCUUCGAGAAAAGGUUCUUCCCCAGCCAGCACUAUGUUUACAUGUUCCUGGUGAAAUGGCAGGAUCUGACUGAAAAACUCGUCUAUCGGAAAUUUACUGAGAUAUAUGAAUUUCACAAAGCUUUAAAGGAAAUGUUCCCUAUUGAAUCUGGGGACAUCAGCAUUGAGAACAGGAUCAUCCCUCACUUACCAGCACCAAAGUGGUUUGAUGGCCAUAGAUCCACACAGAACAGGCAAGGCACACUUACCGAAUACUGCUACUCCUUGGUGAAUCUGCCGCGCAAGAUUUCCAGAUGCCCGCAUGUGCUGACCUUCUUCAAAGUCAGGCCUGAUGAUUUGAACCCACCUACAGACAGUUUGAUCAAGACACCCGAGACGUUUCUGUUGCCAAAGGACUCCAAGCAAAAUGUAACAGAUAUCACUGGUCCCAUCAUCCUGCAGACAUACCGCGCAAUCAGUGACUACGAGAAGAACUCCAAAUCUGAGAUGGCUAUCAAAACGGGGGAUUUGGUGGAUAUCGUGGAGAAGAGUGAAAGUGGCUGGUGGUUCUGUCAGCUGAAGAAUAAAAGGGGUUGGGUCCCAGCUGCCUACCUGGAGCCCAUGGAUGGUCCUGAAGAGUCUGAAGAGCAAGACCCCAACUAUGCAGGUGAACUCUACACUGUCAGAAAAAGCUACACAGCGAUUGAGGAGGAUGAGAUGUCUCUGAAGGAGGGAGACGCUAUUGAAGUCAUCCAUAAGCUACUUGAUGGCUGGUGGGUUGUCAGGAAGGAUGAAACCACUGGCUAUUACCCCUCCAUGUAUCUGCAGAAGUCUGGAGAAGAAAACAACCCCGCAAAGAACCAGAUGAGGAACAAAGGUGUUCCCCCUCGAAGAUCAACUAUCCGAAAUGCUAAGAGCAUCCACAACCAGAGCCGGAAGCAGAUCAGCCAGGAGAUGUACAGGCGGAACAGCAAGAAAUACAUCCAGAGCCGGAAGAAUCUGAAGGACAGUCUCCUGAACAAGCCCAGCACCAUCAUCGAGAUCAAAGAACCCGGAGAAAGCAAGUCCAAGGCUCAGCCUGCCAUUCCACCCCGACCCAGCAAAGCUCUCAUUCUGAAUCGCUGUACCGAGAGCACAAAGAACAAGAUCAAGUGAUCCCAUGGGACCAAAAAAAGUCUGAAGCUUCAUCUCUGCUGGUUUUCAUGUGUGACGGACAUUGUCUCCAGACUGGACAGUUCUUGUGUGUAAUCUUGACUCCUCUGAAACAGCCUCAUGCCUCACUGAGCUUUUAGGAGGUGCAAGGCAGAGCUGCAAUGCACAUCCCCCUAUCAAGUUAGGGUUUGAACUGUUCUAAAUUGAUGGACCAGACUGCUGUCAUUUAUACCAAAGUGCUACUGGGGACUGCACUCUGUAACAAACUGCAUGUCACUGUGCAUAACAAGCAAGGACUAAGACGGGGAUUGAGUAACCCUGGUUCCUGUCCUUGUUAUGGUAAUGGCAGGUGCUCAGCAUGCUACUGCUUAACUAAUGCCUCCUUACUUAAAUUCCUGAUUGGUGUAUCCCUUUCUUAUUUGCUCCUUUGUGCUUUGAACCUUGAGUUUGCAUUGUUUGAUCUGCUUUGUAGUAUACACAGCUUCUUCGGUGGUUCCUCCGUUAGUGUAGCAAAUAUGUUGGUGCAUUUAAUUUAGAAAGAAAUGUUUGUAUGGUGUAUUUUAGGGAAAUGGGCCAAUGGUUUUGAAAACGCCUUUUCCACGUUCUGUAUCGCGUCUCUCUGUCAAAAAAACGAAUGAAUGAACGAGUGAAAAGA